AUGGGAUGUCUUAAGAAACUUAAAGAUUUAAAAAUUGGGAAUCCUGAUAUCCCAUUAUGGCAAAAUAUUUUUACUAUGAUUUGUUUCUUUUGUUUUGGUCUAAAUUUCCUUAUUUAUUAUAAUGCUGUAGUAAAUAUGGGUGAUUUACUUAGUGACGAAUUUGAUUAUUCAUUAGAUUUUAUGUCUACAUAUCCAAUUUUUUUGAAUUGGUAUAAUUUCUUUAUUGCAUUUGGAUUAGUUCUUAUGGCUACUUUUAUAAAACGUUUCCCUUUUAAUUUUUUGGCCCAUUUUUCUUUUAUUCUUUAUUUGAUUCUAUUUGUUUUAUCACCAAUUGUAUUAAAUUAUAUUAAGAGUGAUGUAGCUCGUUUUUGGGUGAUGAUUGUAAUUGUAAUUAUUGGUGGUACUCCAUGUCAAGUUAAUAGUAGUGUAUUUAUGUCAUUAGCAGGACUAUUUUCACCAACACACAAUGCAAUUUUUUUGAUUGGUUCAUCUGCAGGAGGAAUUAUUUCUUCAUGUUUACGUCUUGCAUCAGGUGCUAUUUAUAAAAAUGAUCGUAAGAAUGAUUAUUUCUUGUCGUUUUAUUUAAAUGUUAUUCCAGUUGUUAUUACCUAUCCUCUUUAUAACAUUAUGUAUUGUUGUAUCCCUCAUACUAAACGUGUUAUUCGUCAAAGUUAUGCUAAGUCUAAUACAACUGAACAACAAGAAAUUGAAAUGCAAGAAAGCAAUAGUGGACCUAUAUCAAGUAAUAUUGCAGACAAAAACGACGCUAACUCUGUUUCUGGUGAAAAUGACAAAAAUGAACUUCAAGACCGUAAAACUCCAGAAAAUGCUAAUAAUUCACCUCACUCCAGAAGUGGUAUUUCAGAAGAAGAACAAGAAAUAAACAAUACAGCUAAAGAGAGUAUUACUAAAGAAGUUAGUUCAGAACCUUCUACUGAAGAAGAACAUGAUACAAUAGGAAAACAACUUGUUAGAGUUCUCAAAACUAUUUGGGUAGAAUUACUUUCAGUAACAAUAGAUUAUUUCUGGACAUUCUGUGUUUUUGCAGGUAUAUUUUUAGGUAUUCCUUAUGAUGAAUCAAAACUUGAGUUAAGUACUUCAUUACAAAUUAAUACAUUUAUGUUUAUGAUUGGUGAUGCUGUAGCACGUGUUUUGUAUAUGAUCCCAAUUCCUUGGAAUAGAUGGGUUAUAUUAGCUUUUUCUAUUGCACGUUGUGUAUUUUAUGUUCCAUUAUUUAUUUAUUAUUAUGAUGUGUAUACAAAUCCGUUUUUAAUGUUCUUUAUUAUGCUAAUCUUUUCAACUACUCAUGGGUAUUUUGCCUCUCAUGCCAUUCAAUUAGCUUUCACUCAUUCACAGUUAAAGGAUAUGAAAAUGACAGCUAAUUUCUGUAAUCUUGGCCUUGAUUUGGGUCUGGCUCUUGGAGCAACUGGUCUUUUUAUUCUUAAUUAUAUCCUCCCUGAUCAAUAA